AUGAAACCUGUUACCAGAGUAGUUUGCAAGCUUCCUGAUGAAGGUCUUACCUAUACGAAUUGUGUUUAUGUAAAUAAGCAGCUUUAUGAAAGUUUAAAGGCGUUGUCUCCUAUGGCGUAUGCUACUAUCAACAAUGGAAUUGUUUUCUGUGCGAGGCCGCAUGAUUCAGCCGGAAAUAAUGAUAUAUUUAUGAAUAGUUGUGCCAGGGAACUGCUCAGUCUUUCUGUUGGCGAGACCGUGACUGUGUCUGCUGAGGCCAGCCAGAGCGGAUCAUUUUUUAGGCAGGGGCAGUCACAUAAAUAUCCUGAGGCUGGAAGUAUUAACUUUCAUAUAUCGUAUUUUAAGCCGCAGAAUAAGAGUAAUUUAAAUUUAUCUUCACAAACACUUGUAGACGUACCAUUCGUCGAUUUUGAUAAUUUGGAGAUGUUAGUGAGAAGUACACUAUCUGAACAUGUUCUGCACUUAUCACAAAGUGUUCCUCUACUAUUCGAAGGGACACAGCUAAAAUUGAGGGUGACAAGUAUCCUUUCAAGCUCAGAAACUAGCGAUUCUGAGUCUUUGAAUGUCCUAAUGAAGGCACGUAUAACAGAUUCAACUCAUUUGGAGUUUGGUUAUAAAACCAAAGAUGGCACAGAACACCAUAUACCAAAGCCAAAUCAGAGCAUUUUUAAGCCAAAUUUCAAAUUUGAGGAGCUUGGAAUCGGUGGUUUGGAUAAUGAAUUUGCCGACAUUUUUAGAAGGGCGUUUGCAUCCAGGAUAUAUCCACCAGAAUUACUAAAAGAGUUAGGGAUAUCGCACGUUAAAGGACUGUUGUUAUACGGUCCACCAGGAACAGGAAAGACACUUAUAGCAAGGCAGAUAUCAAAAGCUUUAAAUUGUUCAAAACCAAAGACUGUUAAUGGGCCUGAAAUUAUGAGCCGUUUUUUUGGUCAAUCUGAAGAAAAUAUUCGAAACUUAUUUAAGGAUGCGGAAGAAGAAUAUAGUAGAUUAGGAGAUAGAUCAUCCCUUCAUAUUAUUAUAUUUGAUGAAAUAGAUUCUAUAUGUCAACGAAGAGGUUCAGAUACAUCUGGAACGGCGGCAAGAGAUAGUAUUGUCAAUCAAUUACUUUCAAAAAUAGAUGGUGUUGAUUCCCUGAAUAACAUUUUGCUGAUUGGAAUGACUAAUCGUCUUGAUAUGAUCGAUGAAGCAUUGUUACGCCCAGGAAGAUUUGAGGUCCAUAUUGAAGUGGGAUUACCAGACAAACUUGGAAGGGUACAGAUUUUGAAGAUUCAUACUCGUACAAUGAGAGAGUCCAAGCGCUUAUCUGAUGAUGUUGAUUUGGACGAAAUUUGCUCGUUAACAAAAAAUUAUUCCGGAGCGGAAUUGGAGGGACUCGUAAAGUGCGCUGUAUCAUUUGCUAUACAAAGACAUAUUGAUGGAAAUGAUAUUAGUAAACCUAAGGAUAUAGAUAAGAUUAUUGUUAAACAUUCUGAUUUUCACUGCGCCUUGGGCGAAGUUAAACCAGCAUAUGGUGUAGAUUCGACAAACCUUACCGUAUUUUCGAAGCAUGGAAUCAUACCAUUCGGUGAAAACUUUCAUAGUGUGCUUGAGACAUGCAUUACGCUUGCUGAACAAGUUUCAAAAUCUGACAAGACUCCUGUCUUAUCAGUGCUGUUGCAUGGAGCUGUAGGCUCUGGAAAAUCAGCCUUAGCGGCACAUGUUGCUAGUAUUGCAAACUUUCCCUUUGUAAAGGUAAUAUCUCCGGAAAAUUAUAUUGGCUUAUCGGAGCUAGCAAAAGUAAAUGCAAUUCACAAAGCGUUCGAUGAUGCUCACAAAACACCCCAGUCACUUAUAAUUUUGGAUAACAUUGAAAGGUUAAUUGAUUACACACCGAUAGGACCAAGGUUCAGCAACAACAUUUUGCAGUGUCUACUCAUUCUCAUAAAGAAGGCACCUAAGCAUGGAAGACGUAUAUUUGUUAUAGGAACGACAUCUGAAGAAACAUUCAUGGAUAUGGCUAAUGUUACGGAUGCAUUCACUGUAGCUGCACAAGUUCCUCUGGUGACAGGACCGGAAGAAAUUUACAAGGCACUCUUUGAAUCUAAGCCACAGGGUAUAGAAUUUGCGGAUGGGGAAAUAAAAGAGGUUGCAAACUGCGGGAAGGUCCCAGAAAUUGGUAUUAAGCACUUGAUGCUUGCCCUAGAAAUUGCAAUUCAAAAAUCUAUAUCUGAUGGUUCGAACAGCAUAACAGCGUCCACGUUUCUCGAUAGUCUAAAAGCGUGCGGUUAUUUUAAUAAUUCUUCAAGUAUAGUUGUAUAA